UUUUUUUAACGUUAAAAUGAGUUCCUCUGACCUUCUUAAGUCACCCCAGUGGCUAGAAAUUUCAUAAUGUGUAAACCAAACUAUGCCCAACAUUUGAGAAUGGCGCGUCAAAACGGCGCGUUGAUAAACUCUUCCCUUGCCUACGUCAGCAAGGGAGAUGAUCCCCACGCCCCCCCUCUGGAUUCCCACCCACUGUAUGGAUUGCCCGCCCAACUCAAAAGUUGCUGUUUGUCCUACCAAGCCUACUGCGCAUGCGCAGAACACAUGACUACAUUUUGUAGUGAGGAGCCCAUAGAAGACACAACAUGGAAAUUGCGCUGUACAUGGAUGUGACAACACAGAAAGGAGUCUGUUUUUACUGCCGACGGGAGAGCCCCUGAAGACGCAGUGGCUUAAUUUUAUUUACUUCAAUAAUACGCCGUCGAGUCUACCUAAGACGGUGUAUGUUUGUCAGAAGCAUUUUCCUGAUGAAUGUUUCCACAACUUGGGACAGUACAGGGCAGGUUUUGCACAUCAACUGUCACUGAAGCCUGGGUCCGUACCAAGCAUCCCUGCCGCAUCAGCAACAAACACCGAACAAACACUACACGAUCCUAAGGAAAAGUUUUGUGCCAGUAGAGAAACAAUUCAAACCACUGAUCAGGACAUUGAUCAUCACCCUACUGCAAUACUUCACCCCACCUGUACGUUCCGCUCCUGCAGCCAGGAACAGGGAUCUCAGAAUCAAGAAUGAGUUUCUGCUAAAGUGGCCGAAGGAGAUUCACAGAAUGGCCAGCAGGGGGCGACCUUUUCAAACCCAAUGGAUUCAUUAUACAGAGACUUUCUCAAAGAUCAACAGAAAGACUCUGAAAGCGUCACACACCUACCCCAGACUAAAAAUUCUGAUCAGAACCAAACACCACGUCCAGACCCGGAUUCUGAUCGGUCGCAUGAUCUCAACGGCUGUAACAGCCAAUCAUCAGUAAGCAAUGAAUCCAUGCCUGUACCCGUACCCACGCCCCCCAUCAGAUCAGCACAGUGCCAGAAUCAAGAAUCGUCACGUGUUCCACAGAAGUUGACGGUCAACCAACCCAUCGGACGCGUGACCUCGUGUUGCGGUCAGGGCCAGAACGGUCCGGUGACCUUCAGUGGUAAAGUCGAGGAGAUUUCCGACGAGGAGAUCAGGAACAAUCGGGAGACGGAGGACGGAAUAAGAGGGAUUUCACGCUUUCAGAACUAUCAGCGUGGAGAGCCAUCAAAUGUGCUGUGUGUGAAGAACUUGAGUCCUCGGGCCUCUUUGGCUCAGCUGGUGGCUCUUUUCUGCCGGUUUCAGAAGGACGAGACAAAUCCCAUUGUGUAUCGUCUCCUGACGGGGAGGCUGAAGGGUCAAGCCUUCAUCACUUUCUCUGAUCUAGAGACUGCCCAAGCCGCGCUGGACACCGUGAACGGGUACAGACUGCAGGACAAGCCUCUCGUCAUCGAGUUUGCCCGGGAGAGGAGACGCGCAACGACUGAAGACGCUUCAGAAAUUCACAGCACGACUCCAGCGCAAAAGGAUCUGAAAAACUGCUCAUGAGACUGUAAUGAUGAAGUACUUUAAAUAGUAUUUAUGUAAGGAAUAAAACACGACAGACAGGCUGUGCUGUUACGGGAUGAUAAUCAGCGAUUGAUUGUAUGGUCGUGUGAUUCAUGAAGCGAAGUUGCUGUUACCACCCAGAUGUUCUAGUCCUUUUAUCCCACAGCAAUUUUCCAACUUUUUUUUUUCUUUUUCAUUUUCCAGGUCUGUAUCCACUUCUUUUCCCCAGGUGUGGAAUGCGAAUAGGGUUGAGCUGGUAGGGUUAAAAGACUUGCCCAAAGCAGCCCAGCAGCUCCAUCCCUCAAACGUGAAGAUCAGCAACGGAGCACUUUAACCACUGAGCCACCACCGUCCCAGUUUUCCAACAGUUGUAGAACAUCCGCAGAACAACUAAAUUCCUGUUAUGUCUUCCAUCGUAACAGCGAUAAACAGUCGUUCCGUUUCCGCCUCCUCUUUUUUUUUUUUAAAUCCCUGUUGAAAUUGGACGAACGCAGCGUCAUGUUCCUGAUCUUAAAGUUACAGCUUUCCCUCUGACUGUUACAAAGCACUAACACUGGAGACGCCCAAAACUGCUCAGUAAGAGCAAUCGAUCGAUCAGUCAACAACUUGAAUAAAGUGUCAAACUCAUAACUGGCCCCAAGUAGUCUAAUAAUUUAUAAAUGAAUAAAAUCUGAAAUGUAUACUAAUAUCUAUAAUCUUAAAUAUAAACAAUAAAUCUUAAAUGUGUACGAUAAAA